CUCUCAGUUGAACCGAGUCUUUUUCCCCGAGGUGAACUCUCUCUGGUGUAAAUGGGACUGAAGGACGCCCGCCCUGCCUCCCAGCAGCCACCCUGUGACUCACGUCUGUGCAGGAGACCAGACGAGUCUCGUCUGCUCCUGUUCUUCGUUCUGCUGUUCGAUGUUCGGAUGUGAGACGUCUCGCUGGCAUCUUAUCAACGAAGACGUAGAAGACUGUAAGUCUGCGUCUCGAGGGAGACGCAGCAACAAAAGUUCCUGACAUUGCCAACUGAGAUUGAGCCACGUAGGAAGAGAGGUUCGGCGGCUGUGAGUGAGUGUGGGUGAAGAAAAAUGAAGGUGGACGAGAACAAACACACCUGAAGGCCACAGAACAAAUAUUUUAACAUUCAGUCUCAAGUAUCACAUCAGUAACUGAGAGUUAUAAUUCCUGUCGUGAUGCCUCCAAUCUGUUUACAUCUCAGAAAUUCAGCUCAAUAAAGACACUGUUGAUGGUUUGCGUGUCAGAUUCCUGAUUCUCCACAGAUCCUUGGCUGUACAUUGUAUCACGCACAGCCCACUAUGGUCUGGGUUUAGGUUGUGUUAAAUAUAAAAGUGAUUUUGUUUGUGUUUGUUGCAUCUGGGCAGCCUGCAGGAAGGAGACAGAAAGAACUAGUCACGCUGCAGGAACAAGAACCCACAGAAAGCCCAGGAGAUUUUAAAUCCCUUAAGAUGAGUAAGUAUCACAGCGAGCUGAGCAAGAGGGAGCAGGAUUUACUGAAAAUCCGUCGGGACAGCGACACGAAGGCCGCCGAACUGGUCAAGAUGGAGAGGAUGAUGCAGCAGACCAAGAACCUGAUGGAAAAGAAGACAGAGUCUAGUACAGAUAGCAUGGGCUACCAGGAGAACAUGGUGGAGGACCUGGAGGAAAAAGUGCGCUCCAGCAGACGAUACAGGAGAAACUCCCUCCAUCACACACAGAUGCUGGAGAGCCAGAUGAAGACAGUGAAGGGCGAGCUGGUGGGCACGCUGGACCACCUCCAGGAGCUGAGGAACGUCCUGCGCCGCUCGCAGCAGAAGGCGGAAGAGCGCAAAGCCACGAUGGAGAAGUUGGCAGCAGGGCUCAGGUGAACCAAUCGGCCCCCUGCGACUGAACGUCAUACGAAGAGAAAGAAGCCGAGUUGGUUUUAUGGAGGAAAGAAAGAGACUGGAGCUGCUGUGUUGGUCCUCAAGCUGUUCUCCUCAAGUCUCGGCAGGGACGCCUGUGUUUUGGCAUCCAGAGACUAAAAAAAAAAAGACUCUGACAAAUGAUUGAAAAACAGCCCAUUCUUCCUUUUAUCCCCCAUUUUUUUGUCCUGCUUGUAUUAAUCUCACAUUUUAAAGGCUUACGACUGACAUGCUUGAACUUUCAGCAUCUUUUUCUCUGUUGCUCCUUGAAACAAUAUGAAGAUGAUUUUGCAAACACAGCUGAUUAUACCACAGGGGGGGAAAGCCACAGAAAAAGAGUUUUCACACUAGAUUAAAUUACACACACAGUAUACCACAUUUUGUGAGGUUAUUCUAAGAUCCUUAUUUCAAGCAGCUGAUACGUUAAGGAAAAUAUCUGUGUGAUUGAUGACUCAGAUUAAAUCCUCCAUCUGCAGCUCGGGAAUUCACCUCCAUGCUUAUCGCUUCACGAAACCCCGACUGUAAUGAAUUUAACCCCUUCCUGAUAACGGCAUGUAAGUUGUGCUUUUGUAAUGUAAUGAUAUUAUCGUUGUAAUCCACCAACGAUAAUAACUAUGUCUGUAUGUUUAAGUGUAAUAUGAAGUACGUAAUAAACAGGAGAGAGCUCAUUUUGCUUUCAUGCAUUUGUAGGAUUAACAUACAGGAGAUCAGAUAUAAAUGUUUUAUUACAGGCAGGUCUGAAGAGGGACAAACACUGCAUGUCUUGUUGUGCUUUUGAUGUUUUUUUGUGCUGCAUUUUUCUCCCCCUAGACGACGAGAAAGUGUCACUGGGUGUUUGGACUCCCUCUGGGAUCAAUAGCCCGCUGUCUGUUUCCUGUGGUGAGACAUCUGAAAGCUGUAUUUGUGCCUUUUCCCCGUGGCUGAGAUGUGAUCACACCUAAUUUAGCACAGCUUGUUUCGCACAGUGUCACAUGCUGGCAGGCUGACCCAGACCUAAGCAUUUUUACUGUGUUUAUAACAUCGAGACAGGGCAGAGCUACGCAGACUGCUCAUUAUGUGCAGCUGCUUUCUUCGAUUGCUCCUCUCUUUGUAUUUGUCUAAAAUGCAAAACACAUUCAAAACUUACUGCACAAUAUGGAAAUUACUUGAGCAUGUGUCUUCGGUUUGAGAAUGCUGUAUAUUUAGCUGAGGGACAGAAAGUUACCUGAAGAGAACAUCCAUCUUUUUUUUUGUUUCAUCCUGACAGAAUGAUUUUGUUGAGCUUGCUGUCAAAUAGUUCAGAGGUUGGUUUUACAUUAACAUCUAAAAGACCCUGCAGGGGGCGCUGGAGUCUUCUCACAGAGCAGUCUGGGAGUGAAACAUGUAAGGCAGCACUUGAUUUUAUUUCAUAUUCAUAAUUGGUUAUGUUUGAUGC